GGAGUAGAGCAGUAAGCGGAGCGGCGCUGACGUGAUUGGUCGCCGUGUCCCCAAUGUCUCGCGUUCCGAAUUUAAAAUAGUCGCGAUCGACUUAUUGUGAGACAAGCGAUGUGAUUUGUUUAUAGUUUUUGUUUCUCAAUCAAAACGAAUUGAAGAGACUAAUUCCAUUGAACUAUGAUUGACUCGAGUAAUUUAUGUUCCUGAUUAUUGUAUACUAACAAAAACAGCGAGUGCGUCACAUUAAUCUCCCGUCUAAUGACGUUCGACCGUAGUAACCUUUAGCAGCUGGUUGAUAACAUCCAUCCAACGGGAAAAUGGAAUUUAAGUUAUUAAGCACGUCUUUUCACUUCCAAAUCUGCAGGCUCAACAAUGAAGUAAACGAAGCGGCAAAGAAGAAAUUGACAACACUAUGAAAAUCAAGCAUUAUCCUGGAAAAGCGGUCAUGGAGGACCCGUGGCUGUCCAUUACGGACAGAACUAUGGAUCUCGUAUAUGCAGCCAACUGGGUUGGUGCAAAGAAUCUCAGUUCAUAUAACGAAAACGACGACCAAUCAAACUCUAGUAAAUUCAAUUCCAUAUCAAGAAGUAAAUCAUGCAGAGACGUUGGUCGCACUAGUGACAAAGAUUAUGAUAGCAAAACAUAUUCAUUGGAAGAUAAUGAAUAUAAUUAUUCUAAUAACGAUGUUCCUAAUGAAAACAUAUCUCAAUUAGCUAAAUAUCAACAAAACAUAGAAGAGAAAGCGAGAGCAAAUAAUAAUCUUCUCGCACAGAAUAAAUUGAAACAUAGUUAUAGUUUUAAAGAUAUGCCAAAUGGAUAUAGGCCGUCGACUUUAAGAAGAGUUAAACGUAGAAAUUUCACUGAAUGGGAUAUUGAAGCGUUCGCAUCGAACAGUAAACAGCCACCUGUCCCGCCUCAACGUAAGGAUUCUUUAAAAUAUGCCCAUCGACAAAGAAAGGUUGACUCAAAGAAAAGUUAUUAUCCAUUACCUGAUCCGGGUGCAGUCCCACCUGACCCAUCCUCAGAAUCAUAUUAUGAAUACUACUCCAGGGUAAGUCAGCAAAAUAAUGACACUGAUAGUGACAAGAUAAAACAGAUGCAAAAGGAUACAAAAAAAGAUAAAAGUAAUCAUGGUGAGCCCAUGAAACAAAAUGGAAAUACUAUGUACCAAUUGAUAAACUCUAUGGCAACUUUAGACUUAAGUACAAUUAAAUCCAGAAACGGUAAACAAAACCUCGAUAUAGAUUGUGAAGCGGAAGAUUUGGGUAUAUACAUGCAGCCUGUUAACAAGUCGUUAUCUACAUGCGAUCAAAUUCCUAAGCACACAACGCAACCAGCAAACGAACGAAACGGACGCAUCGAUGAUAAUAAACCUAGCUUUCGUUCUAAAUCAUUGAGAGUAAAAAGCGAAGGAAGAGCGCCACUUAGAGCUUAUCUCGACGCGGUCCAGCCUGACGAGACUUAUAAUGAAGUCACUGUCACGCAACCGAAAAGGAAUCUGUCACCGAGCGAACAGCUGACGUUAAUGCAGUACGAAAUGUUUAACGGAAGUCAAUCCACCCCGCCGAUUGCAAAUGGGUUACACUCUACUGAUCAAAGUAAAGAAAGUGACUAUCGGACUAUAAACGGUGCUGCAAAGCAAAUCAAACGUGAUAAGUACGGGAAACUAUACAAUACAGUGAGAGUGAAAAGUGAUGAUAGGUACGAUAGAUACAAUGACAUUAUGUCUUUCGGAACACAAAAAGAUCGAAUUAGUGAAGAGCGUGUCACAACAAAUGGUAAUGGUGUGUUUUCUAGGAGUGCUAAAAGUUCAUCCAGCGGGUCGGACUCGGAUUUUUCGAUACCAAGACCAAAGUUAAUAGUGCCUGUGCAUACUUACGGGACAAGAAAGAGGAGGACAGGAAAUCUCUGCCAACGCGACAGUAACGCUACUGAAUCGUCGUUGGAUGCGGGUAUAUUGUUAGACGUGACACGUCUAGAGCCAAACAACAAAUCCACUGACAAGCAUCCUCGAAAUGGAGAAACAGAGGGUCGCGUGGAAGUGUCGCGGGAGAACAAAUACCUCAGCACGAUGGCACCAGGCAAGGUAUUUGGAGAGCUGGCCAUUCUCUACAACUGCAAACGUACCGCCACCAUCAAGGCAGCCACCGAUUGCAGACUAUGGGCCAUCGAACGCCAGUGCUUCCAGACCAUCAUGAUGCGCACUGGUCUCAUCCGCCAGGCUGAAUACACUGACUUCCUCAAGAGUGUGCCGAUCUUCAAAGAUUUGCCCGAAGACACACUUAUCAAGAUAUCGGACGUAUUGGAAGAGACUCACUAUCAGAACGGUGACUACAUCAUUAGACAAGGCGCCCGUGGUGAUACUUUCUUCAUUAUCUCUAAGGGACAGGUGAAAGUCACUCAGAAACCACCAAACAGUAAUGAUGAGAAAUUUAUAAGAACUCUCACGAAAGGCGAUUUCUUCGGAGAGAAGGCAUUGCAAGGGGAUGACCUUCGCACAGCAAACAUUAUCUGUGACUCGCCGGAGGGCACGACUUGCCUCGUCAUCGACCGGGAGACCUUCAACCAACUAAUAUCGGCUCUCGACGAGAUCCGUACGAAAUACAAGGACGAAGGAGACAGUAGGCAACGAUUAAACGAGGAAUUCGCCAAUUUGCGUCUCUCAGACUUACGUAUCAUCGCGACGCUUGGUAUUGGAGGCUUCGGUCGAGUGGAACUGGUCCAGAUUCAGAGCGACUCCAGCAGGUCCUUCGCUUUGAAGCAGAUGAAGAAGGCCCAGAUCGUUGAAACGAGACAACAACAGCACAUCAUGUCCGAGAAGGAGAUAAUGUCAGAGAUGAAUUGCGAGUUCAUUGUGAAAUUAUACAAAACAUUCAAGGACCGCAAAUAUUUAUAUAUGCUGAUGGAGACUUGCCUUGGAGGAGAGUUGUGGACUAUUUUAAGAGAUCGAGGCCAAUUCGACGAUGCGACUACAAGAUUCUAUACUGCUUGUGUGGUUGAGGCCUUCCAUUACCUGCAUUCGAGAAAUAUUAUUUACAGGGAUCUCAAACCAGAGAAUUUACUAUUAGACUCUAAAGGAUACGUGAAACUAGUAGACUUCGGUUUCUCAAAGAAAUUGCAAGCAAGCCGCAAGACUUGGACUUUCUGCGGUACGCCGGAGUAUGUAGCCCCUGAAGUAAUCAUGAACCGAGGUCAUGAUAUUAGUGCGGAUUAUUGGUCCUUAGGUGUUCUUAUGUUUGAGCUGCUUACUGGCUCACCACCAUUCACGGGCACUGAUCCAAUGAAAACUUACAACAAGAUUCUCAAGGGUAUCGAUGCCGUCGAAUUCCCACGCUGUAUCACUAGGAAUGCCACUAACUUGAUCAAAAAGCUGUGUCGAGAUAAUCCUGCUGAACGACUUGGCUAUCAGAGAGGAGGCAUUACUGAGAUACAGAAACAUAAAUGGUUCGAUGGAUUCAACUGGGAAGGCCUCGCGCAACGUUCCCUUGAGCCUCCUAUCACCCCUGUAGUGAGAUCACCAGUCGACACCCACAACUUCGACCAAUAUCCACCAGAUGCCGAUGAACCACCACCAGAUGACCUCUCAGGAUGGGAUAGUAAUUUCUAAAUUAUCUGAACCAUCACUUAUUGUUAUUUUUUAAAUAAUUAUCUCAUCUAAAGCAGUUUAUGCAUGCUGUUAAUCAGAAACGCAAACUUGCAUAUUUAUGAUUUAAGUUGCAAAUGCGUUAUCGUUUACGUCAUUAGGGAGGUCAAGUUCAUCCAAUACGUAUCUAUUUUACUUAAUAUUACGAAAUAUUGACGUUUUCACCAUAGUGUGUUAAGUAAAUUGUUUCAUUGAAAGUUAUAAUGCCAUUAAUUGUUUAGUUGUUAGCUCUUGCCGGUUGCUUGUCAACUGUUAGUGGUGUUCGGAGUCUUCGAAACUCAAUUCGAAAAAAAAUGGUUUCUAUUAAAUUACUGAUUCUAUUUACACUCUGAAUAUCACUAUGUAUUUGUAAAUAGCUUAAAUUAUAAUCUAUAUUAAAGUCUCAACUAUUAAAUUUUAUUAUUAUUACAUAUUUUUAUUUUAGUAAAUCAAUGCUUAUUAAUUCGAUUCAAUAGUAGUGCAAUAUCAAUAGCAAGAAUGGUUCUAACUUUUGUACUUAUUUUAAUCUUUAUGUAUGUAUUAUAGAAGGUAUAAGUUAUUCACGUGUGCUGAAUGGUGCAAUACGUAAAGUGUGUCUUUGGGAUCUUUGUUUAAAGCACCAAUUACUGUGACAAUGCCUUGAUUUUGAAGGUCAGAACGAUUUACAUUGAUACAUUUAUAUAUACUGUGAGACAUUU